GCUCCGAGCGCUGUGCCGCACGGUGGCGGGUGCGAGGCGCGCUGCGGCACGGCCAGGAGGCGCUGCCCUCGGCCGCCGCGGCUGCGUCCGCGACUCGCUGGGCGGCCACGCUCGGUCGAGGAACCCGCUCCAGCUGCUGCUGGCCGCGGGCCUGCCGCCGAGGCCUGGCGGGCCGUGCGACGCCAGGCUCCUGGCCACCCUGGCGAGGCCCCAAGAGCUGCACAGGCAUCGCAAGCGGCUGGAGGGCUUCGGCAGAGACGUCCCGAAGGGCGACUCGAAGACGCUAGCGGCGUGCCAGAACCUCCUGAAGGACGAGGAUUGGUUCUCCAGGACUGCCGCCUGUUGCCUCGUCGGCUCAGGUUGCCAACAAAGGGGACGAGGUGCAGCUCUCGACCCUCUACGCGCACCUCGAGGAGAGCGCCGAGCGUCGCGCGCAGAGGCAGCGGUGGACGCUGUGGCGGAGGUCGCGAAUUCUGGGGACCGACGACGUGGCGAUAUCAAAGAUUGCGAUGCGGCUCGCGGACGAGGAU